AUGCUGUCUCCAAAUGAUAAAAAGUUAGAAAAGCUGGAUCCGUUUUACCGACCUUCACUGUCCAAACAGAAGACCAGUGCGGAAAUCAUAAGUGAAGCGCGAAAUGCCUUACGAGCUGUUAGGACCCAGAGACCAUUUACACCACGGGAAGACCUAAGAAAACUGUUUGGGCCUGCAUCUUCAAGAACACCAGAGAACAGACCUCCAUCCUCCUUCAGCGUCCACGCAUCCAGUUUUGAGUUCUCUGAUUCCAGGCCCAUCUCUGGCACACGUCUCAGUCCACUGGAGCUUAAACCGAAAGCUCCAGCAUCUCCUGCCACAGUGGAAGAUUUCUGCCCUUCCUUUCCUAAACCCCCAGUGGACCCCGCGAAGAUUAGAAGGAUAAGCAGUGCCCGGGCGCGUUUAUUCAGGGCGGCCUCGCAGGGGGCUCUUCUGCCAGCCAGGACCCUUCUUCCCACUCAGUCAAAGAGAGUGGAAUCCGAAGAAACAGUUACGACAAGGGACUCUGUGGUGAAAAUAAAUGGGAUUUACUUAACAGAAUCAAAGGCCAUUGGCCACUUAAAGAGUCACCCACUUCAGCUAACAUAUGAUGGAGACUUCAGUAAAAUCACGGAGCAAGAAAUGUUUAAAGGGGCAACAUCCUUGCCAUUUCAUCUCAGAAGUGGAGGAGACCAGGGGAAGAGGCGUCCGAGGGCCUCCUCUAGCUCCCGCAGCCCCGACCGGCUCAAGCUGGACAUCAGAGCAGACUCAAAAGCUGACUUGCAAGAAAAGAAUACAGAAAUAGAAGUAGAUGAAGUAUUUUGGAAUACAAGGAUUGUACCCAUUUUGCAUGACUUAGAAAAAGAAGAAAACAUUGAAAUGGUCUGUGCUGCUUGCACACAACUUCAUCAUGCUUUAGAGGAAGGAAACAUGCUUGGAAAUAAAUUUAAGAGAAGAAGUAUUCUCCUGAAGACGCUAUAUAAACUAGUUGAUGUUGGCUCGGACUUGCUGAGCCUUAAACUUGCAAAAAUUAUUCUAGCACUUAAAGUGAGUGGAAAGAAUCUUCUUAAUGUUUGCAAACUUAUAUUUAAAAUUAGCAGAAGUGAGAAGAAUGAUUCUCUGAUUCGAAAUGACAGCAUUCUGGAAUCAUUAUUGGAGGUCCUGAGAAGUGAAGACCUGCAAGCUAACACCGAAGCUUUCCUGUACUGCAUGGGGACCAUCAAAUUCAUUUCUGGAAAUCCAGAAUUUCUUCAUGAAAUGAUCGGCAAAGGUGCCGUUGAAAUAUUGAUGAAUCUGAUAGUGCAAGUAAACGAGAACACCAAGGAAUCUGGGACAUGUUUGCCUAAUUCAGGCCACUUGUUAGUCCAAAUGACUGCUACACUGCGAAACUUGGUUGAUUCACCACUAGCAAGAAGUAAGUUGCUAAGCAUCAAUGCCCUUCCCGAGCUCUGCACAGUAAUGGAACAGUACAUAGGUGACAAGGAUGUCUGUACCAACAUUGCCAGAAUAUUCAGCAAACUUACCUCUUACCAUGACUGCUGUGUAGCCUUGGCCAGCUAUUCCAGAUGUUAUGCCUUGUUUUUGAAUCUGAUAAACAAAUACCAGAAGAAGCAGGAUUUAGUUGUUCGCAUUGUUUUUAUUCUUGGCAACCUGACAGCGAAAAAUAACCAGGCUCGUGAGCAGUUUUCCAAGGAGAAAGGGAGCAUCCCAACUCUGCUGUCUUUAUUCCACACGUUCUACAAACUGGAUCUGCAUUCUGGGAAGUGCUGGGGGGAAGGAGAUGAGCGUCCCAAGGCACCGAGGCCGGCCCAGGCAGAGGACGUGCUCAUCAAACUGACCCGUGUGCUCGCCAACCUGGCCAUCCACCCUGGCGUGGGCCCGGUCAUCGCCGCCCACUCACACAUCGUCGGUCUUCUCCUCGCCACACUGGAAUCCAAGUCAAUUGAUGAUUGCGAGGAGCUGGUGAUCAACACUACGGCAACUAUCAACAACUUAUCUUACUACCAAGUGAAGAAUUCCAUAAUUCAAGACAGAAAGCUAUAUAUUGCUGAAUUGCUCUUAAAGCUCCUCGUGAGUAACAACAUGGAUGGAAUCCUAGAGGCUGUGCGUGUUUUUGGAAAUCUCUCCCAGGACCAUGACAUCUGCGAUUUCAUAGUGCAGAAAAAUGUCCACAAGUUCAUGAUUGCUCUGCUGGGUGCUAAGCAUCAGGAUAUUUGCUUUUCUGCCUGUGGUGUUCUCCUAAACCUCACCGUGGAUAGAGACAAGCGAGUCAUCCUAAAAGAAGGAGGUGGCAUUAAAAAGUUAGUGGAUUGUUUAAGAGAUUUUGGGCCUACUGAUUGGCAGCUGGCCUGCUUGGUUUGCAAAACGCUAUGGAACUUCAGUGAAAACAUCACCAAUGCUUCAUCCUGUUUUGGAGAUGAGGCUGCCAACACACUCUUAGCCCUGCUGUCAUCAUUUUUAGAUGAAGAACUAGCAUUGAAUGGGAGUUUUGACCAAGACCUAAAAAACUAUCACAAACUCCACUGGGAAACAGAAUUCAGACCGGUGGCACAGCAGCUUCUAAACCGAAUUAAGAAGCAUCACACCUUCCUGGAACCUCUGCCUAUUCCUUCUUUCUAA